AUUAAAUUUUAAAAAUUCUAAUUGACCUGGAAUUAUUGGAAUUUUAAAAUUGAAAACUAAAAUUGUUAAAUUAGAUAAUUAUCGACGGUCAAUUGCAAGAUGAGUACAAAACAUGAAUUUGAAGUGGAAAUGACAUGUAGUGGUUGUUCUGGAGCAGUUGAAAGGGUUUUAAAGAAGAGAGAAGACGUAAAGGACAUUUCUAUAGAUAUGGACAAGCAAAGGGUCUAUGUGACAUCUGAUGCCUCUGCUGAUGAUCUUCUUGCAGUUAUCAAGAAAACUGGGAAGAAGACCUCCUAUGUUGGCACUGCAUAGUUUUGCAUGGAUAUAUUUCAUUAAUAUUACCUGUUUAUAACUGGGAAAAAACCUCCUAUGUUAGCACUGCAUAGUUUUGCAUGGAUAUAUUUCAUUAAUAUUACCUGUUUGUAAGGAUUGAAAUUACAAAUGUUGAAUAAACGUUUUUCACAAUG